AUGAUCUGUAAUCCACCAGCUGCCCUUGACAUGAGGGAUGGUAGCGAUUACAGAGUCAAAUCAUGCGCUCAACUGGGUAUGCCCGAUUUCGAACUGGCUCAUUCUCUUAUGGCCCAAGUGUACUACCAGUAUCUCUAUAGAAAGCAACCGCUUCUGUUCAGGGAACCUGCUUCAUCUUCCGUCAGCGACGCCAUCGCCCGAGUAUUUGCACAUUUAUCAACUAAUCCUCACUACUUAUACUCCCAGAAACUAGUCCCCGCAUCCCAUCUGGACAUCAAGGAUGCUUUGAUUGUUAACAAGCUUUACAAGGAAGCUUUGGAAAACUUCGUCAAGUUACCUUUUGACAUCGUCGCUGACACUUGGAGGUUCGAACAAUUCGAAGGCAAAGUCUCUCCUGCAAAGAUUAAUGAUCGAUGGUGGGAACUGCGGUAA